AUGCCUUCUCCAAGAGGUUCACGUACCCCACGUCGCGAGGGGGCGCAAACUCCAAGACAAGAAGGGAGCAGAACUCCAAGAAGAUCCGGAAGAAGGGCUUCCGGGGCUGAAACCCCCUCGAGAGAGGAUGUUCCGGGGACCCCGAGCAGAACUCCUCGUAGAACUCCUGCCAAAAGCGUGGCAUCAGACGCAAUAUCCACCCCCAUGAAAUGGGGCAAAAAAAAAACCGACAAUGUGGGGGAAAAGGAAAUACCACCCUCUCCCGCCCACAGUUUGGCCCCAACCAGCCCUGGAACCGGUUUAUGCAUGAGCGAGAUAGAUUUGAGCUCGCCUCUUAAUUACGGUACCCCUAGCUCAUUGGGGUCCAUCAGGACACCUAGAUCGGGCAUCAGGGGCACCCCCAUUCGUAUGAGGCCCGAUGUGAGAUCUGAUAAGAGAAUAAGACAAGUCAAUGUCGGAGGAGAAACUGCACUGGAGGCAAUCCCAGAAACCCAAGAUACGGACUCAACAGCCCCACAUUUGGUCAUAUGGGGAACAAAUGUAUCAGUGACAGAAUGCAAGGAAAAAUUCAAACAAUUUAUUUUGCGAUUUAUCGACCCCAACGCAGAAAUAGACGAAAGGGGUGAAGAUAUUAACUUGCUGGAACCUUUGUACCUUCAAAAGCUGGAAGAGAUUCAUACAUUGGAAGAACCGUUUUUGAACGUAAAUUGCUCCCAUAUGGAAACUUAUGAUGCCAAUUUGUAUAGACAGUUGGUGUGUUAUCCACAAGAAGUCAUACCAACUUUUGAUAUGACUGUUAACGAGAUGUUUUACCAGCGCUAUCCAGCUGCUGUUCUGGAACAUCAAAUUCAAGUUAGGCCUUUUAAUGCUGAAAAGACCAAGAAUAUGAGAGCUUUGAAUCCAGAAGAUAUUGAUCAGUUGAUUACUAUUAGCGGUAUGGUGAUCAGAACUUCAAAUAUAAUGCCUGAAAUGCGUGAAGCAUUUUUCAAGUGCAUCGUAUGUCAAUUUUCAACUUGCGUUGAAAUUGAUAGAGGGCGUAUUACCGAGCCUACUUUAUGUAACAGUUGUAACACCAAUCACUGCUUCACUUUGGUACACAACAGAUCGCAAUUUACUGAUAAGCAGAUGAUCAAGCUGCAAGAGUCUCCGGACGACAUGCCGGCCGGCCAAACGCCCCACACCGUCGUCUUAUUCGCCCACAACGAUCUGGUCGACGCCGUCCAACCGGGAGACCGCGUCACGGUGACCGGCAUCUACCGGGCGCAGGCCCUACAAGUGAACCCGCGCAUGCGCAACGUGCGCUCGGUCUACAAAACGCACAUCGACGUCCUCCACUUCAGGAAGAUCGACAACAAGCGCCUCUACGAGGAGGAGGACGGUAAAGAGCACACCUUCCCUCCGGAAAGAAUCGAACUCUUAAAAAUAUUAUCCGAAAAGCCGGACAUAUACGACAGGUUGGCGAGGGCCAUAGCCCCCUCCAUCUACGAGAAUGAAGACGUUAAAAAAGGUAUUCUCUUGCAACUUUUCGGAGGCACCAAGAAGACUCACGUCACUUCCGGUCGCACGCACUUCCGGGCGGAAAUAAACAUCUUGCUCUGCGGAGAUCCGGGUACUUCAAAAUCGCAGCUUCUCAGCUACGUGUACAACUUGGUGCCGAGAAGUCAGUACACUUCCGGUAGGGGUUCUUCCGCUGUCGGUCUUACCGCCUACAUCACCAAGGAUCCAGAAACCAGGCAGCUCGUUCUGCAGACUGGGGCCUUAGUUUUGGCCGACAACGGUAUUUGCUGCAUCGAUGAGUUCGAUAAAAUGAACGAUUCCACCAGAAGUGUGCUCCAUGAGGUCAUGGAACAGCAAACUUUAAGUAUUGCAAAGGCUGGAAUUAUUUGUCAGUUAAACGCUAGAACGUCAAUUCUAGCGGCUGCCAAUCCAUGCGAAUCUCAGUGGAAUACAAACAAGACCAUCAUUGAAAAUGUGCAGUUGCCACAUACUUUGCUCUCGAGGUUCGACUUGAUUUUCCUGAUCCUUGAUCCCAAAAACGAGGUGUUCGAUAGAAGGCUGGGCAAGCAUUUGGUAUCGCUGUACUACAAAACCAGGGAGGACGAAGAUGACGAAGUUUUGGACAUGUCGAUUCUUCGUGACUACAUCGCGUACGGUAAGGAGCACGUGACUCCUAAACUGAGCGAGGAGGCGUCUCAGAGGCUCAUACAGGCGUACGUGGACAUGCGCAAAGUCGGUUCGGGUCGCGGUCAGAUAUCGGCCUACCCGCGUCAACUGGAAUCGCUCAUCCGGUUGGCCGAGGCGCAUGCCAAAGUUCGGUUUUCCUCGGUCGUAGAGGUCGAUGACGUGGACGAAGCUUACAGACUGCAUCGUGAAGCUCUGAAGCAGUCGGCAACCGAUCCUCUAUCGGGUAAAAUCGACGUGGGUAUUUUGACCACUGGUAUGAGCAGUGCUGCUCGUAAACGCCGAGUGGAAUUGGCGCAAGCUGUCCAAAAGUUGAUCGAAACUAAAGGCAGUGCACCAACUAUCAACUACUCCAAACUAUUGGCGGAGCUCAAAGAAUCUUCCAAUAUGAUGAUUACUAAAGAACAAUUCGAAGAUGCCCUCAAAGAUUUGCAAGACGACGGGAUGAUUGUGGUCAUGGGGAAAACUUCAAUCAGAGUUUGCAAAAACAGAGAUUAA